UGUAAUCUAUGGGUCUACACUGCAGGCUUUGCAAUCUAUGAGGCCAAUAGCUUCUUUGGCGUCAUGAAAGUAUUGUUCCUAUUUUUCAACAUGUACUGGACCCAAUAUGUAAUAAUCUAUAUCUGCUAUAGCACAAGUUCCGGUCUUUUUGCUGCCUGGUAUUUCUUUGCCAACGAAGACUUUUCAAACAUGCCACCAAAUCCAUGCCUUUCAUCAUUUUCAAGAGCCAUGACCACAUCAUUUGGAAGUAUUGCACUAGGUUCGUUGAUUGUAUGUGCCAUAACAACAUUGGAGAUGCUCUGCAGGAUGUUUGCAAGAUUACCCGGACUUCGUUUCUUUUUUAAUUUGUUGGCUAAUAUCUUGUGCUGCUUUAAUCGUAUACUAUUCACCUUUAACGUUUACUCUUUCUCGAUGGUUGCUAUAUACGGUGAAUCCUACUGCACAUCCGCCAGAAAGACCUUUACUUUGAUGACCAACAACCCCACCAAGCUAACUGUAGCCCAUAACUUUAUGUACAUUACUACACUGGCCAUAUCAUUAUCGAUAUCGUUUAUCGUUGUCUUUAUUGUAGUAAUGAUAUUGUCUGCCUUGAAAAUUAACGAAAUUUGGUUAAAUUCCCAGAUCAUUUUAUUGGUAUUAAUCAUUUGGAAGCCAUUUGAUGUUAUUUUUUCCGGCGUAAUCACUACCGUAAUGUGUCUAAUCUCUGAACCACUUGUUUUGCAAAAUAAUAAACCAAAUAUAUUCUAUGACUUGAAUCAAAUUGAUUUUAAUUAAAAUAGUAAAUAAAAAUAAAUCACAAUAAUUUUUUAAAAUUUU